AGCCUUUAUUCCGUCAAUCGUUUCGUUCGUUCCAACCCCCCGUCUUUCGCUUCAGCUGCCCCCUCUUUUGCUUCGUUGACCACGACCUUCAGCCAUGUUCUCUCGCACGCUCGCAUUUUCUCUGUCCCUCGUCGCCCUCGUCGCGGCCCAGGAAAAGUACGGCCCCGCCGACCUGCAAACCGAGGCGAGCCAGGCGCACCUCCAGCAGAGCGGCAUCGUGCCCUCCCUCCUGCCCAGCUUCAACCCAGUCGGCUACUUGAACGUCACCUUCCCGGCUGUGGGGCCCAUUGCGCCCGGCCAAGCUCUCUCUGAAGACCAGGUCCAUGAGCAGCCCAGCAUCGUCUUCACCGCUGCCAACUCCUCCAGCACCUACAACGGGACCACCACCGUCAUCAUGGCCGACGCGGGACCCGUUGGCACGGACGAGAGCCAGGGCCAGACGAGGCACUGGCUCGUCUACGGCGCCAGCCUCUCUGGCAACGGUCCGUACACCCUCGACACCACUACGGGCACGAACGUCACCGAAUACGCUGGCCCUGCCCCUCCCCCCGGCAGCGGUGCCCAUCGCUACGUGAUCAUGCUCUUCGAGCAGACCGACAGCUUCAACGAGCCCGGCGACGCCGGCACCGGCGUGCAGACCUUCAACCUCACCGGCUACAUCCAGUCCAGCGGUCUCGGCCCCCUCUACGCCGCGACAUACUUCACCGUUGAGAACGGCACGGCCACCGCCACGCCCUCGUCCACCGCGCCCGUGCAGACGUCCACCCUCCCCGCCUUCCAGGCCGUUUCCGGCUCCGGCACGGGCACCGCGAGCGGGUCAGGCCACUCCCCCAGCUCGACCGGCGGCUCUGGCUCUAACGGCGCUGCUUCGGUCAAGGUGAACUUGGCUGCUGGGAUGCUUGCGGCGCUUCCCCUGCUCGGGGCUGCGUUGUUGUAGACGCCGAAGUGAGGGAGGAGCGUUUUGUAUCUUGGACACGAGUUACGAUGAGUAACGUCCGCUGUAGCCUCGGCAACGAACUUUAGCAUAUCGCGUCGCAUAAUAGUAUAGCUUUGUAUCGUUCUUGUGCACAAGUUUAGACGAGCC